UUKACACGUUCAUGUCAAACACAAACUCCUCCCUUCAACCUUUAAACGUGUUGCUGCUCUGCAAACUUGUGAAAACAGGGCGGUGCUGUGAGCUGCUGCCGGGGGCAGACAGGGUUCUGCCCUGCUGCUCACCGGGGGGGGACUCCUGCUGCAGCUCAGUCGCUCCUGGAAAACUGUUCCUGCAGCAGCAGCAGCCGCAGCAUGGAGGGAACCAAAGGAGAGGAGCGCUCAGCUGAACAGGCGGCCUCUUUAUUUGGGACAGCCGAGAUGGAGAGUCAGAGGAGCGCAGCUGCACGGAGGAAGAAGCGGAUUAACAUCUGUAAAAUCAUCUCUGGGAUCCUGCUGCUGGUCUUGCUGAUCGUCCUGCUGGCUGUAGUGAUUUCAGUGAAGACGAAGGACACAGAUUCCUGGAAGGUUGAAGACUUUAAGGAAAUUCAUCAGAAGCAGUGUCCCCCUGGUUUUUCCAGGUCUCCUCUCAUCCUGAUCUCCUUUGACGGUUUCCGGUCAGAAUAUCUAAGAGAACACAAGGAGCACCUUCCUGUCUUCAGCAGGAUCCGAAACGUUGGAACAACGGCGCCGUACAUCAGACCUGUUUAUCCCACAAAAACAUUCCCCAACCACUACAGCAUCGUGACUGGUCUUUAUCCAGAGUCUCAUGGGAUCGUGGGCAACAAUAUGUACGAUGUGAGCCAAAACGCCUUCUUCAGCUUAAAAACCGAUGAGAAAUUCAACCCGCUGUGGUACCAGGGAGAACCAGUCUGGAUCACCGCCAUGCGGCAAAAGCUAAAAACAGCCACUUAUUUCUGGCCAGGUUCUGACGUCCUCAUUAAUGGCAGCCAUCCAAACAUCUACAAGAAGUAUAACCGGAGUGUCUCAUUUGAAUCCAGAGUGUCGACACUGUUUGAGUGGCUGGAGUUACCCGAAAGCCAAAGACCCGACUUUUACACUUUGUACCUGGAGGAGCCUGACACUUCAGGACAUAGACACGGCCCCAACAGUCCACAGGUGAUUUCAGCUUUGAAGGAUGUGAACAGAAUUAUGGGGACGAUCCUGAGCGGCCUCAAAGCAAGAGAGCUCCACCGAUGUGUCAACGUAAUGAUCGUGUCUGACCACGGGAUGGAGGAGGCGUCCUGUGAACGAGGAGAGUUUGUGUCAAACUACCAAGAAAACACGUCUGACUUCAACAUCAUCCAGGGCCCAGCUGCUUGCAUCAGACCCAAACGCCUCCCGGAGGAAUACUUCUCCUUCGACUACGAAGGUUUGGUGAAGAACCUGUCGUGCAGGAAACCGGACCAAGCGAUGAGGCCGUACCUCAAAGAAAACCUCCCCAAAAGGAUGCACUUCGCUAACAACAAGCGCAUCGAGAGAGGUCACCUGUACCUGAGGUCCGGCUGGCAGGCAGCGCUGAACCAAAAGGAAAUAAAAUAUUGCAGCGGUGGAUUCCACGGCUCAGAUAACCUCUUCACCAACAUGCAGGCAAUUUUUAUUGGCUAUGGUCCAGCCUUUAAGACCAACACGGAGGUGGCUCCGUUUGAAAACAUUGAAUUAUAUAACCUCAUGUGCGACCUUCUCGGUAUCCGUCCGGCUCCGAACAACGGGACCCACGGCAGCCUGAACCACCUCCUGAAGAAUCCAGUCUACUCUCCGGUGAACCCGGCGCAGCUGUCCCACGGCUCCGUCUGCGAGGUCUCUGCUUCCAUCCCGACGUACGACCUGCAGUGCAACUGCUCAUCUCUGACCCCGGAGAUGGAAAUAUUCAUGAACGCAAUAUUUAAAGAAACUAAUUUUGACAAGACUGCCACCAAUAACCUCCACCAUCCUUUCGGAGCUCCUCAGGUCGUCCAGUCAGACGCUAACUUCUGUCUGCUGUCCCAAUCUGAUUACCUGAACGGAUACAGCAAAGACCGCCUGAUGCCUCUCUGGGUGUCGUACACCAUCCAGCCUCUGGUCCGUCGCAGAGACCCGAGUCCGGACGAGUGCGUUCGUGCUGACCUCCGCAUCCCGUCUUCAGCCAGCCAGCUGUGUCCUCGCUACAGAGACAACCCACGCCUGACCUUUGGCUUCCUGCACCCCCCCUUUCUGUAUUUCCUCGGUCGAGAUAUCGACUCUCUCGUCAGCACCAACAUGGCGCCGAUGUUCCCUGCGUUCAGAAAGGUCUGGAACCAUCUCCACAGAGACGUGCUGUUUGGAUUCUCACAGCUGCUGAAUGGAAUCAACAUCAUCAGUGGGCCCAUCUUUGAUAAAGACUUCGAUGGAAGAGUUGAUCCACUCAGCAAAGUUUCAGGGAACGAAGCUCCCAUCCCGACACAUUUCUUUUUAAUCUUGACCAGCUGCCGCAACCAGACCUUUAGCCCGCUGAAAUGCGAGGGUCCGCUGCAGGCGGUCUCCUACAUCCUGCCCCACAGACCGGACUUCUCUGAGUUUUGCACUGACACGUCGGACUUGACGUUUGUGGACGAGUGGAUGAGUUUUCACACGGCUCGAGUCCGAGACAUCGAGCUCCUGACGGGGCUGAGCUUCUACCACAGCCGGAUAUCUGUGGAAGAGACGCUACGACUAAAGACUUUUCUACAUAACAAAACGCCCACGUUAAAUUCAUAGGUGUGUCACGUGUCGUUUUGCACACGUGACCUUUUAUUGGAUUUUUCUGUGGUGAAAGAUUCACAAGAAGACACGUGGGUCUGCAGGCAGCUGCCUUAUUUAAUUUACAACUCAAACAAUAAGAUUUUAUGACAGAACAAAAUGCUCCCGACCUGAAGCUCCAUCCAGGUGUUUUACCUUCGUUAGAUGCCGUGUUUAAACAUCUCUACGAUUAUUGUAUAAAAUCUAUGCAUCAGUUCUUGUUUUAUGAUCAGUUUUCAUCUAUUUCCUGAAAGACCUCCAGUUGUGUCAUCGAACUGUAAGUGAAAGAUUUAAAAAGUAAAGUAAAAUAUGUAUAUAU